AUUCUGCCUUUUCAUAAACAUAGUUCCAAAUGGCCGAUUCAACACCACUUCUCUCCCAACCCAAUUCCGCCGAGUCACAAAGCACCACCCCACCUCUAGAGAAACACCGUCCAUCCCUUGAUUCCUCCAUUGAACAGUGUAUAGGAGUAUUUGGGUGGGCCCAAUUCUUCCAAACUCUACUUGUAUCCUUGGCAUGGCUAUUUGAUGCACAACAAACAUUCAUUAGUGUCUUCACUGAUGCAUACCCAACAUGGCACUGUACUACUCAUCAACAUGGUUGCGACUCCGUCUCCAACAUUUGCUAUCUUCCAAAAAAUUCAUGGGCAUGGGAUUGGCCUUCCUAUACAUCAAUCAUAUCAGAAUGGAAGUUAGAAUGUUCUUCUUCCAUUAUCACUGGCUUGCCUGCAUCAUCUUUCUUCAUGGGUUGCCUAGUGGGUGGAUUCGUUCUUGCUACACUUGCUGAUUCCUCACUUGGUCGCAAAAACAUGAUCUUUCUUUCAUGCCUAACCAUGUCCCUAUCUUCUUUGCUUACUGUCUUCUCCACCAACAUAUGGGUUUACUCGGCUUUAAGAUUGGUUUGUGGGUUUGGCCGUGCAACAAUUGGAACUUCUGCACUUGUGUUAACAGCUGAGCUUGUGGGUAAAAGGUGGCGAGGCCAAGUGGGUGUGAUAGGGUUCUUUUGUUUCACAAUUGGGUUCUUAUCACUACCUGCUAUAGCUUAUUUGAAUAGAGGUUCAUCUUGGAGAUCUCUUUAUUUAUGGACUUCUAUCCCAGGAAUCUUUUAUUCUAUGCUGGUUCACUUCUUUGUUCGCGAGUCUCCUAGAUGGCUCUUUGUGCGUGGACGAAAAGAGGAAGCAGUUGCCACGUUGAAAAGCAUUGCAACACCUAGCCAUAGUAGUUGUUUAACUUGGAGCUUCUCUGAGGUUUCGUUUCAGGAAGAAAGAUGGAAUAAUGGGAAUGUUUUCUCGACUAUAAAGAUGUUGGUGCAGAAAAGAUGGGCUUUCCGAAGGUUGUUACCGGUUUUGGUGAUAGGUUUUGGGGUUGGAAUGGUGUACUAUGGCAUGCCGUUAGGCCUAGGAAACUUAUCAUUCAAUCUCUACUUGAGUGUGACAUUAAAUGCCUUAGCUGAGAUACCAUCUUCAUUGAUCACUAUGUUGCUUAUAGGUAAGUUGAACAGAAAAUUUUCUGUGCUUGCUUUCACUACUCUUAGUGGGAUUUUCAGUAUUAUGUGUGCUUUGAAAGGUGAGGUGUGGACAAGAUUGCAGAUUGGACUUGAGCUAGUAUCCUUCUUCAGUGCUUGUACCGCUUUCGAUAUAUUACUCAUAUUCACAAUAGAGUUAUUCCCUACUUCUGUGAGGAACACAGCUGCUUCGUUGGUGAGACAAGCAGUUGUGUUUGGUGGUGUGUUUGGUCCGAUCCUAGUGGCUGCUGAUAGAAGAGAUGGAAUUUCAUCCUAUGGGGUGUUUGGGUUGGUGAUAGGCUGUUGUGGGCUGUUUGCAGUUUGUUUACCAGAGACAAGAGGUAGAGCACUUUGUGAUACAAUGGACGAGGAAGAACACAAAGAGAAGGCAAUUUGUGACGGUGAAGGUGAUGUCUUGGCUUAAUUAGCUUUUGGUUUGCUCAAAUUAUGUAAAAACUGUGUGCAGUGAUUGGUCAAGAAUCUUUAAAAUAAACAACAUUUAUCUUUCAUAA